AUGUGGGGGAAGAUUGUCUCGAGCGUCUCCAACGCGCUGGACUUCAACCAGGCGACGUUGUCGGGAUGCAUCGACAUCAUUUGCGUGCGGUCGACGGACGACAACAAGCUGAGGAGCACGCCCUUCCACGUUCGCUUCGGCAAAGCCAAGUUGCUACGGUCGCGCGAGAAAACGGUGACCGUGACGGUGAACGGUGUGCUCACGAGUUUGCGCAUGAAGCUGGGCGCCGCUGGCGAGGCCUACUUUGUCCAUGAAGACGAAGGCGCAGCUCUCGGCGACUUGGGCGACGAGGAGUCCGCGAGCCCGAUUCUGUCCCCGCGUUCGAACGCCAGUGGCGAGGGUGGCGGCCGCACGGGCCUCGAAGGCUUCGCCUCUCGUGACGAAGAAGAGUGGCGCCGGCGCGACGAAGAUGAGAAGGACCGCGCGGAAGACGGUUCGCAGGCGGGCGACGGCGACGAGAAGGAGGGCGCAGGCGCCGGGAACGAGGCGGGCGCAGGAGAGCGCGCCUCUACAGACUCCCGCCUCGUAGCCGGCGACGCCCUACGGGAAGUCCCCUCGGUAGCUGGAGACGUGACCAGAAGCCCUGUAGCCUCUGGGGAAGAACCUGAAGGCGCACCGGCCACCCUGAGUCGCUCCGCUUCACAGGCGGCAGCAGACGCAGAACAGGAGCGCGAGAGGAUGGUUGUCGGAGGCGUAGGCGCGCCUGCCGUCGCACCGUCGGCGCUGAUCGACCGCGGCUUCCCGGAAGAUCAACAACUCGGCGCGGGCCCCGUCACCGACAGCCGAGUGGCUGCAGAGAGCCAGGCAGGCUCGGCCUCCGGCGUCAGCUUCUCCCUCUGCGGUCACAUGCUCACAGGGCGAGUGUCGGAGGAACAACACGAUAACGACGUUUUCAAUGCGAAUGUGGUGUCUUGGGAAGCGUUCGACCACAACCCUGCAUUGUGGUACCAUCCGUCUUUGGUGGCGAGGUUCGACGACAAGCCGCCGUACUAUCCAGGGAAAGUGGCUUUGCCUCUGCUGGCGUGCUGGCUCGUCUUCAACCGGCCUCUGUCUGUCGAAAGUUUGUCGCGUCUGAUGAACGCGGAGGUCACCGCGAAUCUCGAGCCGCCAAAUUUCAGCAGUGCCCUCUCCUCGGCCUCGCGCUGGUUCUUCGGAAGCCGCGCCUCUGCAUCCGCCCCGGCCAGCAAGAGUCCGACGCGGUUCCCGUACCCCAAGGCCGCGCCCGAAGGCAAGGACGAGCUCGGCGGGUCCGCUGGCGCCGACGCGCCAGGCCCGAAGGCACCCGUCGUUGUGACCUCGAAGAAUUCGGUUGCCCAGGCGACAGCGAGCGCCGCUGCCUCCGUCGCCACUAUAGAGGAGGCCGGCGGCGUGCGGCGCGACGAGGAAGGCGAAUGGAAAGAAGGCAGCGCCCUAGUGAACAGUGCAAGCUUCCACAGCGAGCUGGGCACCACUGUUCCUUCCGCCUCCUGCACUGCAUGUUCGGCUCGACGCUUCAGAAGGUCCCUCAGACCAACCUCCGAUCAGCUGGCCUCUCUCAAUCUGAAGCCCGGCGCGAACUCGAUUUGCUUCACGGUCAGCUCCUCCCUCCAAGGAACGAAGAGCGUCAUGGGAACCAUUUACCUUUGGCCUCAGUACCCGAAAAUUGUCAUCUCCGAUGUCGAUGGGACGAUCACCAGAUCGGAUGUUUUGGGGCAGUUGAUGCCGAUCGUCGGCCGCGACUGGUCUCAUGACGGCGUAGCGGAGCUCUUCACCAAAAUCAAGAAAGCGGGCUACCUCAUUCUGUAUCUGACUGCGCGAGCCAUUGGACAAGCCGACGCCACUCGAGACUACCUCUUUGGUUUGACGCAGCAGCAAACAAAUAAGUUGCCAGAUGGACCGCUUAUUCUCAGUCCCGAUCGCCUCUUCCCCUCUUUCAAGCGCGAAGUGAUCGAGAGGAAACCUUACAUUUUCAAGAUCGCCGCACUCCGCGACAUUCGCAGCCUCUUCCCGCCUGACUAUAACCCGUUCUAUGCCGGAUUUGGAAACCGCGAUUCUGACCACCGCGCGUAUGUCCACGUCGGUGUGGCGGAGGCCAAAGUCUUCAUUAUUGACCCGUCUGGCGCCAUCCACCACAUCAACAACUCGACGUAUGCUCGAACGUACGAGACAAUGUCAGAGAUCGCCGACUUCAUGUUUCCUCCUUUACCACGACCCGACGGAAGGCUGCCGUCUGAAGCGCUCAUCAAGCAAGAAGAGGCAGAAGAGGAACAGUUCAACUCGUUCAAUUUCUGGUCCCUGGGCAUUGUGGACUUCCCGUCGGAGGAAGACGAAGACGAGAGCGUCGCUGGCGAAGCCGUUCCACCUUCCAGUGAACCGACAACGAUCUUCAAGGACUUGCAUCACCCCACGCCCCUGGCGGAGCUUUCGGUUUCUCCUUCCGCGGCGUCUUCUGCUGAAGCGGCCUCGGUCGCGGCGGCCUAUGCAGCCUCAGCAGCGGUCGUGGCCCUCGACGCGGCGGCUUCCGGGCGACAGUCGGUGACAGACGAGCGCGGAGGCAUGGGGGAAGAUGGAGAAGUGGAUGAAGCUGCGACGACGAGGGGUGCAAAUGAAGCAAUCGAGACAGCGAAGCAGGUAUCCAUCGCCGCCGCCCUCGCUGCUGCAGUUGUGAAGCGCGAAGACGAACACGUAGUUGCGUCUGAAGAAGACUCCGCAGGCUACGAGACGCCGCCCUUGCUGGUUCCGCGAGCGGAGAAGGCGGGACAACAGGGGGGUGCCCAGCUCGUGGAUGCUGCACGCACGUACUUAAUAGAAAGUGGAAAUGAUGGAGCGCAGGAGAAAGACAGGGUAGGAGCCUCGAUACCUUCCGAGGGGGGAGAAGCGCUACAGAUACGGGAGCCAGAUCUUUCGACACCUGUCUCGGAAAGGACGCCGAAGAAUUUUUCAAGAGAAGCGGAUUCCGACAGUCUGUCCCGUCUCUCGGGCCUCCGCACAGUGACUGGGAUGUGUGACUUGUGUGGGCGGCAAUUCGAAAGUCGCGGCUGUCGACGGCAGAUUUCUCUUACUGGGCGUGGAAGCUCGCAAGGUGGUCUGGCAGACAGCGAGCGGCGAUGUCAGUCAGAGACAAUGUGGACAAAGGUUGACGAAGACGAAGGAGGGCAGGAACAGUUGUGUGAAGCAUGCGGGAGUCGGUGGCAGUCUCAGCGCACAGGCCGAACUUCGGUCGAAGAAACUUACCACACCGCUCAGACCCCUCAAGAGCGAUCCCAACAAACAGCAGGGGUAGGAGAGAGUCAGGUGACGGAGCGAGGCCGAAUGUCUGCCAACAGCGUGCCCCAAAUUGAAGGUGAAGGCGAAGAACAUGAGUCAGAGGCAGACGACAAAGAAAGCAAGGUUCAGAGAAGACCGGAGGGAUGGAAGACAGCGAAAGGUUCUUUGAGUGCCGGAGAGGGUGACGUCGAGUGCGAUGGUUCACUACUGAGUUUCUCAGUCCCUAGGUCUGAAGAAGAUAGAGAAGCAGCGCCUGAAUCUGGACACGCCUCUCAGCGGGUGUGGACAUAUGUAUCGCUAGAUAGUGAUGGAGACGCCCGGGAUUUCUCGGCUCAGAGUCGAGAGCCUGAAGAGCUUUGCCCAUCUGCCACAGGCGACAAAGUGGUCUCUGCAGACUACCGAGCACCAGGUACGCCAGACGAAAAUGAGCGAGCUGAGGCCCUUCUUACCGCCGCCGCCUUCGCCGCGGACGCUGUCACUUCCGGCAAUAUUUUUUUGCACGCAAGCAAUGGUAUCAAACGCCAGGUCGAGAAGAAUGGAGAGUCAAAAGUCGUCACAGACGCGUCUGCAAAUACGUCAGACGCUCCGCGUGAAGUGGAACUUGCAAAUAAAAGCGAUGCGUCUGUGAACCGAGAAAGUCAUGACUCCGUGAAUGCAUCAGAACGGCGUGACUUAUUUUCCCGUCUCUGGAGACGUGACUGUGAAAGUCGUGCCAAUACGCCUUGCUCUUCGUCACAGCGGGUGCGCCGAUCUGCUUCCUCCUUCUUUCUCCCCUGGUCGCCUUCCGGGACAGCGUCUACCCCAGUGGCCCGGCCGGUUGAAACAGGUGACGCGGUCGGCCCUCAAUCGGCUUCUUUUGUGUGCUCUCUUCCUGUGAUUCGAUCCGCCUCCUCGUACGACGCUGCUGCAUCUUCUAUCUCUUUCACCUACGAUGAGAAGACCCCAUGCUUACGCUUGGAAAGCUCGGGAUCAGAAACAAGUCUUGCUAGACGUGCUGACACUGAGCCUGAGAUGCAGAUUGUCUCGAGUGAAGGUGUAUGGGAAGGCGGAGAUUCAGAAGGUGCCCACGAAAAUAAAAACAGAGAUGCUGAACAUCUCUCCGGUCUAUUCAUGUCCAGCUUUAAAUGCGGUAGCACUCCUAUUGAUCGUCUGCCUCACGAGGAAGUGGUUGCUCUUAAUGACAACGAAGCAGGAUCUUGUGUUGUGGGAGAUCCACACGGAGGAAGUAGACCUGAAGAAGGCGCAAGAAGUUCCGUAAGCAGAUCAGACAGAGAUGUCAGUAAUAAAGCGGCAAUCUGUGACAGGGACGAAGGGCACGUUGUGAAAGGGGGGGGGCAGGUUUUGUCAGGAACGCCCGUGACACCGAGUCGAUCGUCGUCAAAGAGCAAACGAGAGCUACGGAUGCAGGAGAGCUUCAGAAGUGUAGGCGAAGGGCGAAGCGACGACGGGGUCGAUAGUGAACGCAAAUGCAGUAAUUUGUGAAAGGGCUAUGGCCACGGGAAAUCUGUUCUUCCCUGUCCUGUUUUAGCAGUGACUUGGUUCUGUUGUUCUCUUUUCUUCAAAAAACGAAAGUGGUACUGCGCGCGUCCGACUGAUGAGACUGGCAGCGUUGCGGUACUGUGCUUUGGGCAAACGCGACACUUAACAGAAAUUAAUUUUUUUAGUCCUG